AUGAUGUUCUACACUCGUUUCGCCGCGGCAGCGCUGCUGUCGGCCUCUUCCCUCUCCUGCGUGGACGCGGCGCCGACCAACAUGUCGGACACGCCCGCCGUGGCCAAGCCGCCGCACUUCAAGACGCAAAAGGUGCUCCCGAAGCAGUUUGCGGACCCGGGCCUCCACUACGAAGACGGCACGUGGUACGCGUUCGCGACCAACAACGGCGAGCAGAACGUGCGGGUGGCCACGUCGACCGACUUCUCCAGCUGGAACGUGCUGGAGAACUGGGACGCGCUGCCGCACGCGGGGGCGUGGACGGCGCAGCCCAAGAUGGACAACCUGUUCGACACGGUCAACAACCUGCUCGAGGGCCGGUGGCCGUGGUCCAACGCGCCGCCGGCCGUGUGGGCGCCCGACGUGCAGAUGAACGACCAGGGCCAGUACGUGCUGUACUACUCGGCGGCCAAGAAGGACAGCCCGCGGCACUGCAUCGGCGCCGCGGUGGGGACCAGCGCGCAGGGCCCGUACGUGCCGCUGCCCGAGGCCUUCGCGUGCCACGACGACCAGGGCGGCACCAUCGACCCGGCCGGCUUCAAGGACGAGGCGACGGGCCGGCGCUACGUCGUGUACAAGAUCGACGGCAACAACGCGGGCAACGGCGGGCUGUGCGGCAACACCAAGGCGCCGCAGGUGCCGACCCCGAUCAUGCUGCAGGAGGUGGGGCCGGACGGCUACUCCAAGCUCGGCGAGCCGCGCCAGAUCCUCGACCGCGACGCCGCCGACGGCCCGCUCGUCGAGGCCCCCUACCUGUUCCGCACCGAGGCCGGCAAGUACGUCCUCUUCUUCAGCUCAAACUGCUACGCCACCGACCUGUACGACAUCGGCUACGCCUCGGCCGACAGCGUCGAGGGCCCCUACACCAAGGGCGGCCCGUUUGCCGUCACGGGCGUCGCGGGCUUGACGGCCCCCGGCGGCGCGACGGUGGCCCAUGACGGCAAGCACAUGGUCUUCCACGCCGCGGACCAGGACGGCGGCCGGGCCAUGUACACGGCCGAGGUCUCGUUCGAGGACGACAGCCAGGCGAGCAAGCAGGUCAAGGUUGUGGGCGCGACCCGGUAA